UACCCCUGCACAUCCAAAAAGAAGAAUCAGAUGAUCGCUAGCAUUGCAUCUCAGGAGGCUCUAGAACAUUUCGUCGAGAAGGUGAUCACUGCACAUGCAGCACAUCAGCAGAACCCAAGAGCUCGGCAUGUCCGAAUGUCUCCCUCCGAUCACCACUCAAUAGCCAAAUAUGCUCGAGCAACGGAUGAUCUUACAGUCUGGUUAAGUGAGCAUCAAGAUGACCCUGCUGUCGAGGACUUCAUUCCACGUCUCAAGGACCAUUUGCUCACUCGAAUUUGUGGUAUUACAUACGAUGGAGAUGAGCACAACUUCUCUGAUGCCGAUUGCGCAUCAGUCCUGAUCACCGACAACAAACUAUUUCAACAUAGUAUUUUACGGAACGACACUGGACUAUACUCACGCCCAACACGGAUGGACUUCCUACUUGUCCGUUGGUUCCGACGGGAUAGUUCACGUGCAGGUUGGGCUGCAAAAUGA